AUGUUUCGUAUGAAAUAUUUAUUGUAUUUUAUUUUUUUUCAUUUGGUUAUCGGUCAACCUCAAAUCAAUCUUCAUCAUACAGGUGGGGUAAAUGAAAAUGAAAAUAACGAUUUAUUACAACAUGAUUGUUUACGUAUUGACGUUUUAAAUGGAGACAAAUAUGUUUAUCGUGAAAUGUUAUUUUACUGUAUGAAUGAAUUCUCAUCCAAAUUUAAUACAGAAGAAAAUGGUUAUUUUCCAAAAUUUACUUUUGAACAACUUUCAAAACAAAAUAUAACAAGUCAGCAAUUAUAUCUUUGGUCAACACCAAUAGAUAUUAUUGAAGAUUAUCAAUGGUAUUUAAAUCAAUUAUUAAUAUCAAACGAUUCACCAUUAUCAAAAAAGAUCUUUUAUAAUUGUACAUUACCAAGAUUUGGUUCAAUGUGUCAAUAUAAAAUUGAUUAUUAUUAUUCAGAUUAUCCAUCUUUAUAUGAAAUGAUUAAGACUUUCUAUAAUAUUUAUCCAUAUAAUCCAACGGAUCUUACUUGUUAUAUUCAUUUACAAUGUAAUCGUGGUCAUCCUUCAGCAUGUUUAGAUUGGACGGAAAUUUGUAAUGGACAAAUUGAUUGUCUUAAUGGUGAAGUUGAUGAAGAAUAUUGUUGGCAACUUGAAAUAAAUGAAUGUAAUGAUAAUGAAUAUCGAUGUACUAAUGGUCAAUGCAUAGACAAAUCGUUUUUUCAAGAUGAUAUUCAUGCUCCUGAUUGUUUUGACGCUUCUGAUUUAUAUAAGAGGGAUCGUCCUCUCCCACGUCUAUGUAGUUCACAGAUGCCAUUAUUUAAAUGGGAAGACGUAACAUGUAAGAGUUCACCUUUAACAGAUUCUUGUAUGACAAAACGUGAACAAUUAUUAUUCGAAACCAUGGAUAAUAUCAAAGACGAAUCAAUAUAUAAUCAAUGUUGGUAUGCAUUCUUAUGCGUUUUUAGUUAUUCAAAAGAUCCUUUUGAUACAAGAUGUAAUGAUUUUUGUAAGUAUCAUAUAUGUCUUUUAAUUAUCAAACAGGAUUGCCCAAAUAUGUUAUUCAUACCACCUAUUCCAGUUUUAUUUGGUGAUAUUUAUUUUGCUUUUAAAAAAUAUAAACCAACAAUGUUGGACUAUCGAAAAUUUCUGUUUCCUUAUGUAUGUUAUAAUAAUUCUCGUUAUAAUAAUUUUUUUAUCGAUAAUUCAAAUGAAAUAUACAAUUAUUCAACGGUAUUAUUUAAUAAUUUAAUUUGUCGUUGGGGUAUUCAACCAGAAUUACUUCAACAACCCGAUGUAUUCCCAUCACCACAAUUUUAUUUACAACACUUACAUUCAAAACUUUGGCAAUACCAUGAAAUUUAUAAUUAUAAUUCUAUAAUUUGUAAUAGAUCGAAUAUGUAUCAAUGUUCGAAUUCAUUAAAAUGUAUUUUUAUACAUCGUCGUAUGAAUGCAAAUGAUGGUAAAGUUGAUUGUCUUGGUGCUACAGAUGAACCAACAUUAUGUCACAAAGCAAAUGCAAUCAUUAAUUGGCAUGGCUUUUACUGCAUGAAUCAAAGCUUAAAAUUAUGUAUACCUGAUGUGCAACUAUGUGACAGUAAUACAGAUUGUUACUAUGGAGAUGAUGAACAAUUUUGUACAACAAAGAAAAAACAUUCCUUCAGGACUUUUUGUUUGUCAGAGGAACGUGAAAAUGCUUCGGAUGUCGAGAAGUUUUUAUGCAACAAAAUGCAACCAUAUAUAAAAGAACCAGUUAUCUACUUUACUAUCGAUGGAAUGAAGAAAUCACUGGAAGAUCAAACAAAACGUAUUGAAAAUGAAGUACGUUCAAGUUCACCUAUAAUUACAAAAUCAGAUCAACAUCAACUUUAUUGUCAUCGUGGUAUUAACUUACUUAUUUGGUUAAGUAAUAAAAAGAAUAUAACUAAAAUUACAUGUCUCUGUCCACCUAGUUAUUAUGGUGACAAAUGUCAAUACCAAAAUCAACGAGUAAGUUUAUCAGUUCGAUUUCAAGCAUCACCUAAUUCAUGGCAAAUACCAUUUGCAAUUGUUAUUUUAUUAAUUGAUGAUGAUAAUAAUAAAAAAAUAAUUCAUUCAUAUGAACAAAUUACUUACUUAUCAACACGAGGUUGUAAAAUUAAAUAUAAUAUUUAUUUACUUUAUUCAAAUCGACCAAAAAAUCAAACAAAAAAUUAUGGAAUACAAAUUAAUAUUUAUGAAAAAAUUUCAUGA